AGAAGAUCUGUAAAUAAAAUUAUUGAUAGAUUAUUCGUAUGAAAUCGGAGUUUAAAUGAAAUAUUUUUGGAAAACAGAUUUAGGAUGAGUGAUGUUCCAAGCACGGUGUCAAAAGCGGUACCGUCAUUCUGCACCGUCUAUAUAAUCUCCAAAGGAAAGAUCUCAUCCGUUAAAACUGCGACCGUAUUACUCUCUCCAAAACCUGCGUCGCAGAAUAAGAUCCACUCUUCUCUGGCUCAACGUGCUGAGCGACCACGCAACCUCACACUCCCACGACAUGUUUCAGGUGGAUACCAAUCUCAUGAUUUUGAUGAAAUAUCAAUGCUUCCAGCCGGAUCAUUUCCAGACAAACGCGCAUAUGCACGCCGUAAUCGCGGCAGUGAUGAAGCCAUAUCACCAUACGAGACAAAAAGAAGAAACUACGCAUCAAAUAAUGUACCUGAAGAUUGUGACAUAUCAUUUGUGGCGAGUGCAAAACCAAGUGUUGAUAGGCUCUUCCCUUCGUUGUAUUCCGAUGAUGAUUUUGAUGGAACCAGAUCAAGAUCAAGAUCCCCCCAAGAAUCAGGACAGAAAUCUUUCAUGUGUGAUGACUACUCAUUCACCUCUCUAUUAUCGCCAACAGAGAACGAAGAAAUGGAAGCUGAGGUGAGAAAGCUAAAGCUAGAACUGAAGCAGACAAUGGAGAUGUAUAGCUCAGCUCGCAAGGAAGCUCUAACAGCAAAGGAGAAGGCAAUGGAGCUUCAACGGUGGAAAAAGGAAGAAAAGAGGAAGAUGGAAGACUUACAAAUAUCGGAAGGAGCGGCAUUGGCUAGUCCAGGGGGGGAGAAAGAAAAGGAUCAAAGGAUCGCAGAGUCUGAAGCACAGAAAAAAAUUAGUCCAGAGAAAACAUCUCCGCGAGAAGCACCACAGAUGAAGAGAGGACUAGAACCUCGAGGUGUUGGUACUGCCAUGUACCGAAGGUACUCCAUUGAGGAAAUCGAGGAAGCGACACAAAAGUUCUCAGCAGCUUUCAAGAUCGGUGAAGGAGGCUAUGGCCCUGUAUACAAGGGUGAAUUAGAUCACACACCGGUUGCAAUAAAAGUUUUGAGGCCAGAUGCAACUCAUGGAAGGGAACAAUUUAAUCAAGAGGUUGAAGUGUUAACUUGUAUAAGGCAUCCAAACAUGGUUCUCCUCCUCGGAGCAUGCCCAGAGUAUGGUUGCUUAGUGUAUGAGUACAUGGCUAAUGGGAGCUUGGACGAUUGCCUCCUCCGACGAGGGAAGUUACCGGCUCUUCCUUGGCAGCUAAGGUUCCAAAUUGCUGCAGAGAUAGCCACAGGCCUCCUAUUCCUUCACCAGACAAAGCCAGAGCCCAUUGUACACCGCGACUUGAAGCCAGGAAACAUUUUGCUAGACCGGAAUUUCGUGAGCAAGAUCAGUGAUGUUGGGCUAGCCAGGCUUGUCCCUCCUUCAGUUGCAGACGCCGUCACUCAGUAUCGUUUGACAUCAACAGCCGGAACAUUCUGUUACAUUGACCCUGAGUACCAACAGACUGGCAUGCUUGGAAUCAAGUCUGAUAUUUACUCACUUGGGAUCAUGCUUCUCCAAAUUGUGACAGCUAGGUCACCAAUGGGUUUGGCUCAUCAUGUUAAGAGGGCCAUCGCCAAAGGGACUUUGGAAGAGGUGCUUGAUCCAGCUAUUUCUGACUGGCCAAUGGACCACACCUUGCAUUUCACCAAACUCGCCUUGAAAUGCGCCGAAAUGAUGAGAAAAGAUAGACCUGAUCUUGGGAAAGUUGUCUUACCGGAGCUCAAUAAACUUAGGACAUUUGCUGAAGAAAACAUGCCUCCUAUGAUGAUGUUUGGAAGAGCCUUCUCUCCGAGACCACAACAAUGAGUCAAAAUCACCAAUAUUAAAUUUGUUUAUUCUUUUUUUAGAAAACUUAAGGAAUGUAUCAAGAAUGUGCAGAUAAAAAUGAUUGCAAUCCUUAAAUUUGUAUAUAAACAAAUUCUGUAAUAUUGAAUUUGUACUUUAGAAUAUUUCAAAAGGGAUUGAGAAUGCACCAUGCAUUUUCCCAAUAUAUAUGUUAAGAUUCUAGGCUUUUCUUUGAAUAGGCAUGUGUACUUUGAACUAUCAAAGGAUGUGUCACUUUGUUCUCCAAAUAGUAAAAUGCACUUUAACAUCUCAAAAUCCCAUUACCAAACAUGAUCUUGUUUUCCAUAAUCUGAAUUUCAGUUUGUUAUUAGGAACAUUUUUUUAGUGUGGAUGAUUCAAUGGUGAGAGGAUUCUACUCUCUACUUCAUUUUUCUUCUUGCCGAGAAGUUACUAAUUUUUUUUAAUAAGUUACCAACUGUAAACGUAAGAGAGAAAUAAAUGACAUUAUUCCCACUCAUUUAUUUUUCUCUCCCGUGUCAGUUUUUCUCUGUCAACUUAAAUUUCUGUUUCUGUUAUGAGAAGUUACCAACUUGGCAACUUUCAUACCCAAAUUACCAACAGUGGCUGAAGCUUGAAGCUCACAAAAUUGAAGAUGGCUUACAUAAAACCAAUCUCCCUCUGUUUUGGAAUAUUUCUAUAAGUCCAAUAUAAAGAAUCGGGUUCAAGAGUAUGAGAAGUUCCAAUGAACUGGUUUAAUGAUUAAGUGUUUUCUCAAAUUCCAAAGAAGAUGUUACAAGGAGAACACUAAUUCCUCAUCACUCAUUAUAAUACCUAAUAACUCAAUUUUACGAGCUUAAUUACUACAUUGUAACCAUCAUUUUACUAUUAAAGAGAAGGUUACAAUAUCAACUACAUAUAGACCUAAGAGCAUCAUAUGAAUAUAUGAUGCCACAACAAAGUAUUAGACAAUUCAUGAGAAUAGUAACUCAUUCUCUUAAAUCAACUUAACCUCAAAGACAACUUAUAACCUCUAAAGAACAUAAGGAGAAGAGUUCAUGACAUCACAACCUCACAAUAUAUGUAUUAUUCCAAAUACAUGUACUAAGGUAUGAUCUCCAACUUAAUUCUUCUUGCGACCCAUGCUAACUUGAGCAUCGGAGUCCUUGCAAGAACACUCCCCACUAUUGGAAAUGACAAACUCGGACAUUAGGAACUCGGAAUAGAACGAUGGCAGCAACAUCGUGUCUCCAAUCUAUUCUCAACAAUUUUGUUCAGUUAAUCCCUAAAUUCGAAAGAGUAAAAACACUUAUGAACACUCUCUCUUAUCAAAUUUCUUGAGUUCUCAAUGAACUUAAAACCUCAAGAAUUAAGAAGAGUUACUUGCAGAGUUAGAUAAUUUUACAUUUCGAAGCUUUCCUCUUUUGUGUUUACUUCGUUACAAAAUUUAUUUUUAACCAAUUUUAUCCAAAAGUAAAACACAUGAAACCUAAUUCAAAAAAUGUAGAUUAGCAUCAAAUUAGCCAACGCCCACCAGUAUAAAAUGCAAAUUAAAAUACAAAAUAUAUAUAAAAAAUAAGUUAAACAAUA